UUUUAUUUCGCACCUGUGUAGCAGUGUUUGACCUGAAUUUGCAUUUGGCAGGUGAUGGACGUUGCAACGGAAGUGCCGUUUUUGUCUCUUCCUCACUCGGAGAAAGCUUCACACCGUGCUGAUGCAAAAAGCCUCCGAUAAACAAUUGUUUCCAGAAAGUGCAGACAAACACUCACUCGAUUGACAGCGUCGACAUAUCUAACCGGCAAACGCUUGCCAGUACCGAGCAUCCAACCUAACCUCAGCAAAAUGCACCCCAUUCAACGCCCCAGGCGCAAAGCGCAAUGAGGGAGCAGAUAUUCAAAGUGACAAACCCCCAAGUCACUAAGUCAAUCAGCCACCCGGGCGCUCAACAAUGCGGUAAAUUCUUCAUCAACUCAUCCAACUCUGUCUGUGGCGCUUGUCGCACUCCUUGCCAAGCACCACACAUCACCAUCAAAACCUCAGGUGCAAAAUCUUAAGUAACGAAACUUUCCCCUUUUUGCCGGCAGGAAUGGCACCGCAUGGCAACGGGUAGCAGAGGACUUUCUUCCAGCCGUCUCUACCAAAAGGGCUCCGGAAGGGCGAAAGAAACGGAGCUGCAAUGCAAAAGAUAACAAAAGAGGAACAAACAAAAACUAUCUGAUCGAUGCAAUGCUGGCCGUGGUUGCAGAAUGAGCAAAAGAGAAUUCAAAAAGGGACAAGUAAUAACUUUCCAUCGUCCAGGGUCCAAGGGGUUUGUGGUCGUGUGGCCGCUUUUUCACAGGGUUGUAAAAUCCUCUUCACUUUAUCCCUUUCAUGGUCUCGCCGUGCAGUAAUGUGACCGAUAAAUGAGAUGUGUUGUUGUUGCUCGUUUGGUGAGCAGUACAGCGUGUAAACAGGAAAAGAGGGAGAAGGGUCGCCGGGCACGUGGAAGACACUUUCGUCGGUUUCACUUUCUUUGGCCGGAAUUUCGCGAACCGGAGCCCUUUCGCGGUUGCAGUAGAGGCAGUUCCCGAUCAGUCUGUAACGGUGCGCGAGCUUGAGCGGAGUACCGAACCAGCAAUUCUCAGUCUGUUCCGGAAGCGGUGUACCGAUCGGGAGGUGAUAGUUUGGUGUGAACAACGUUGCAGUUUGGUGUGGAACGAACGAAAGUGAAAAGUGAAGCAAGAUGAGUAACUACGUGGAAAGAAUGUCGGUGCAGUACCACAAUUUCUCGCAAGGAGCAGAUCCUCUUAUCGACAGCUGGCCACUGAUGCAGACGCCCACACCGAUCCUCACAAUCUCGGGCCUCUAUCUACUAUUCGUCCUUUGGAUCGGUCCCCGGUGGAUGGAGCAUCGGAAACCGAUCGAGCUGCGGCGCACACUGAUCGUGUACAAUGCGGCCCAAGUCAUCAUCUCGACCGCGUUCUGUCUGACGCCAUUCUUUACCGGGCUGUUUGGACAGUACAUGUCGAUGUCCUGCGGUGAACCAAUGACUGGCAUUAGCAAAGAGCUCCAGCUGUCGGUAUGGAACGGUGCCUGGAUGUAUCUGCUUCUCAAAAUCAUUGAGCUGCUCGAUACCGUAUUCUUCGUGCUGCGCAAGAAACAGAACCAGGUAUCAUUUCUGCACGUCUACCAUCACACAAUAAUGGUGCUGUUUACGUGGUUCUAUCUGAAGUACAUUCCCGGUACGCAAGCAGCCUUUAUCGGUGUGCUGAACUCGUUCGUACACAUCUUCAUGUACACGUACUACCUACUGGCGGCCCUCGGACCGCAGUCGCCCAAGGAGAAGAAGCUCUGGGACCAGAAGUACCUGUUCUGGAAGCGCCAUCUGACGACGCUGCAGCUCCUUCAGUUCGGCAUUAUGCUGUGCUAUUUCGUGCUGAUCAACAGCAUGCAGUGCCAGGUGCCGCGUGCACUGACGUACUUUUUCGUCAGCAACAUUACGAUCUUUCUGUUUCUGUUCAUCAACUUCUACCGGCAGGCGUACAGGAAGCGGCCCGCUACUGUGAAGGCGGACUAAACUCGACCAAUUGGGUUGGAUUUCAGUAAUGUUUAAACGUGUUUUAUUUAUUUGCUAAACCAGUCAUCAGCUGUCCCUUAGUGCUGUAAUAGCUUAGAAAAAGAAAAUAAACUCUACUGCUUAAACUGUAA